CUUCUCCCGAGUGGCGUUGUAAUGACGCCGAUGAUGGCGUCGUCUUCCUUCCUCGCUCCGCCGCUUCCUCUCUUAUCCUCGCUUCGCCAACCUCAGAUUCAUCCCCGCUGCGAUUCUCUCUGUCCUUCUUCUCUCACCGCCACUCUCCCCCCGCCCCCGGGUUCACCCAGAUGCAACAGUUGUUGCCGCUGCCGCUGCCGCCGACGCCCCUCCCUUUCUAUUCUCUGUUUCUCCCAAAAUUCCAGAGCUACCUACGCGAGCGAGGAGGAGCGUAACAAGAAGUUACUCGAGAGCUAUGGCCUCGACCCCUCAGACUUCUUAUCUCGCUCCGAUAACGAGCCCAGGAGGAGGAGGAGGAGCGAUCAAGGAGAAGAGGUAGGAAAGGGUAAGCAUGUGCCUCUAUUUCAGGAGUCGAAGCCGCCUCUGCGUACUACACAUAAACUGCUUCAGGUGUUAGGAGGAAAAGCUUGUAGGAAGAAGUUGCUUUCACCAAAAGGCAUGGAUGUACGUCCAAUGAUGGAAGUUGUAAAGGGGGCAGCCUUUGGCAUUUUACAGGUGGCUGGUGGUUGCCCUGCAUCACUAAGGCCAGGACGCUGGUUAGACUUAUACAGUGGAACUGGAGCUGUUGGUAUUGAAGCUAUCAGUCGUGGAUGUUCAGAGGCACAUUUUGUUGAGAUGGAUCCUUGGGUUGUCUCUAAAGUGCUACAGCCCAAUUUAGAGUCGACUGGGUUUUCUGAUGUUUCAGUUAUACAUACUGUUCGUGUAGAAAGAUUCUUGGAACAAGCUGAACAAUCUUUAGAUAAUAACAGAACAUUUGACUAUAUAAGUGUUACACCACCCUACACGGAAGUUGAUUAUUCUGUACUAAUGGAUCAGCUAGCAAAAUCACCUUUGGUUGGAGAAGAUUGUUUCAUUCUGGUGGAAUAUCCCUUGAAGACUUCCAUGGCUGAUUCUUGUGGUCAUCUCAUUAAAAUAUCUGAUAGAAGAUUUGGCAGAACAAAUUUAGUAAUAUACGGACCUUCUUGGGCAGAAAAGAAGAGGACAAGCAGGAAGCACAUUCAAUGAUUUAGCUCAUCCAAUAAUUUUGGAGUGGUUUUAUCAACUUUAUAAGUUCCAUAGCCAUUUUGAAUUGAGACUGAAACAUUACAGGCAAAUCAAGAGGUUGAGCCUUUCAGUUAGUAUCCUACAAGUAAAUUAUGUUCUUCUACAAUUGAGAUUAUUUUCUUCACAUACAAAAUUAGGAUAUAAGUUUUUUAAUUUCAUGUACUUGACAAAGGAUUCUUUUCAAAUUUGGGAAUUUAACACUUCUCUGUGACUCUUAUUUCCAUUGUAGAAACUUUCUAUGCAUAAAUAGAAAAAAGAAAAAAUUGUACAAGUUGAUCUUAA